AUGGAAGAAGACAAAGGAUACACCAAUUCAGAGGUCGAACACUCAGACCCAGACCCUAUUGAACAGUACUUCCAUUCGGAACCUGCAUGGGCAAGACGGAUUCCUGGAGGGUACUCACGGUCGCGAUGCCUCAAGCUCUCCGGGAAGCCGAUGCUGUUGGCCAUCCUUUCCUUCGCCGGAACGUGCAUCUUAUUCUUCGGUUAUGACUCGGCCGUCAUGGCCCAAGUAAAUAUUAAUCCGGACUACUUGCAACGCAUGAACAUCAAUCACGGAACAAAUAGUGACGCCGCACGAAUUGGGGGCCUUGUAAGUUUCUGGUUCGCUGGGUUCUUUAUUGGAGCUAUCUUGUCGGGUAGCUAUGCGGACUCACUCGGACGUCUCAGAGCUAUCCAGAUGGGUUGCAUCUGGGGCAUACUGGGCGGAGCACUAUUAGCGGGAGCUCAAAACUUCACUUGGAUGGCCAUCGCCCGAGUCAUCAGCGGGGUGGGGUGUGGACACCUCAACACAAUUACGCCUAUCUGGACCUCGGAGCUGGCAGACUACAAUCUACGAGGCGCGUUCGUCGCUGUUCAAUACGCCCUCUGUAUUUUUGGUGCUCAGAUCGUCUACUGGAUGCAAUAUGGAUGCCUGAAGACCAGAUCACUGAGCUUCUCAUGGCGUUUUCCUCUAGGCUUCCAAAUAUUGUUUCUCUUGGUCAUCUUGUUGGUUGCCCCUUUCUUCCCAGAGACUCCCCGUCACUUAGCCCAGACAGGGAGGCUCGAGGAUGCAAGAGAAGUCCUGACUCGUUGCCGUCUCCUCGCAACUCGAGAGUCGGUCAACCAAGAGCUCGAGGAGAUCAAAGCGGCAAUCCGUCUUGAGGCAACCCAAGCGUCACAUGGCUUUAUCUCUAUGAUCUGGAAGAAGGAUGCGCUUCACACUCGUCGGCGAGUUGCCCUUGCGAUGGGUAUCCAAUUUAUGCGGGAACUUACUGGUCCUGAUGUCAUCGCUGUAUUUGGGCCUCAGGUGUUUGCCUUGAGUGGCUAUUCUGGGGAUUGGCCCUCAAUUCUUGCUGGCCUCAACUUUAUCGGCUAUAUGAUCUCAACCUUUAUCGCCUCGUACACCGUCGAACGCUUCGGAAGGAGGAAAUUGUUGCUGACCGGCUUGUGCACCAUGGGCAGCCUUCUGAUGAUCUGUGGAGGUCUGGCGCACAAAGUGUACGCCCUUGCCGAGGUUGAUCCAGUUGCAAGCAAGCGCUACGGCAGCGGAGUAGUAGCUUGUGUGUUCCUCUACACUAUGGCGUUCGGUGGUACCUGGAUCGUCGCCGCCUUCGUAUAUCCUACAGAGAUAUUCCCGCUAGCUACUCGUGCCAAAGGUAGCGCGCUAUCCAUGGUCUCCUUCGCGGUUGCAGGCGGCGUUUGCAACGAGAUCAUUCCAUAUAUCAUCUCAGCCGCUGGGUUUUGGGUCUUCAUCAUGUUCGCCUUACUGAACUUUGUUCAGAUUCUUCCAGUGUGGGCCUUCUACAUUGAGACCGCCAAUCGUCACCUGGAGGAUCUCGACAUUUUGUUCGCCAGCAAGAGUCCCUUUGCCAUCAGAGCGGAACGAGAGUACGACGAGAACAAGCGUGCUCUCGGGCUUCAAGAGUCGGAUGCUGUCAUCAGUGGCUGA